CAAGAGCAAAGUAUCAAGUCCACAGUUCACGACCGCUUUCCUCAUCUCACCCGCAUACCCCUUUCUCCCAACACUUUAACGACUCUUCACUUCACAACAACUCGAGAUGGCGCUUUCUACGUUCUUCACCGAGCCGUUCUACUCCCUCUCCGACUUUGACCGCCUCUUCGAUGAGGCGUUCAACGCGCGCACGCGCCAGGGCUCGUCUGCUGUUGCGUCGCGCGAGCAGGGAAAUACCGCGGUGCGGCCCAUGCGCCCACGGAUGGACCUGCACGAAGACAAGGAGAAGAACCUCGUGACGGCCACGUUCGAGCUCCCGGGCCUCACGAAGGAGAACGUCCAGCUGGACGUCAAGGACAACGUCUUGACCGUCGCUGGCGAGUCCACCCUGUCGACAGAGCGCGACGAGAAGGGCUACUCCUUGCGCGAGCGCCGCUUCGGCCAGUUCUCGCGGUCGAUCCCGCUCCCGCAGGGCAUUAGCCCUGAGGAGAUCAAGGCGACCAUGGUCGACGGCGUCUUGACGGUCACCUUCCCGCGGUCGACCCCGGAGCUGGCGCCGAAGAAGAUUGCGAUCCAGUAGGCGCGUCCUUUGGUGCUGGACCUGCUGCCGAUUGGGUGUGAAUUGUUUGUUAUCGUAGUGCUGUUUAAUGGGAUCGGGUUUCUGGUAAUCGUGC